CAAAGAUAAGGACUUUGGAAAUGAAUACAUGAAUCUCACAUCAACCACUCAAAUUGAAGACAGGGAUACCCUGAAAGUGAUUUUUCUGUCAACUGAUGACUUUAACUCCUGCAUGCAUGAGACUGCACCUGAUGUACCGUCCUGUUCCAGCAUUCUUGUUCCUUUGCACAAGACAACCUGUAGCUCUGACUCUCCUAACACAAGACAUGCUAGCCCUUGUGAAUUUGACUCAGUCUCAGAAGUCUACUUGUCUGAGGACUCAUUUUCCAGCAGCACCGAGACUGUCUUGAUUAAGUCUCCGGAGUCAAGAACCAGUUCUUGGCCUCAGGUUUUUGUAAUUCCUCGUUUUUCUUGUUCUGCUGAAAUUCAGCUUCAGAGAGCUGACACAGAGUUCAACAAAAGUGAAAUGCUACUUAUUCCACCACCAAAAUUAAGAUCUGACAUUCUUGAAGGCAUGGCUGAGGAGAUCUUUAGGUAUGCUGCAUACCCCACUGAUAGUCAGCUUGAUCAGGCAGCUGAAGCCUUGAUAAAUGUCCACCCUUGCUUGAGGGAAAAGGGAACUCGCACUGGUCAUGAAGGAUGGAAACACUAUCUAAAGAUAAAGAUGGCUAAUUUCCGCUCAAAACUCAGCAAGAUUGGACACCCAGAAAUCACUGUAAAUUCACUUAGGAACAAGCGUGAAGGUCGGGGUAAAGCAGCAUCAAACAUCAAAAAGCCAAAAAAGGCUGAGGUGAAUUUCCUUCCCUGCCUUCCAAGAGGAGAAACAGCUGAUAGUAUGGAGAAGGAAAGAAUUGCUCUCUUAACUGAAGUGAAAAAAAAUAAUAAUGAGGCAGUCAUAAAAGAAAAAAUGCACUUGACCUUCUCCUAUAGGCGACAAGAGUUGGUUGAGGACUUGCCAAUGGUUUCUGAUUUACAAAGUAGAUGGCCUGCCCUGUUCACUGUCAAUGAAAUAAACGCAGAAUUUAUGAGGAUAACGACUGUGCCUCUUCUGUCAAAGUUUUUCGCGCAGCUGGACAAAUACUCUGCUGAUCUACAGAAGGUUUUCAGCGGCAAAGGAGGUGCUUCUGGACAGAAGAUAUCACGCAUCAUGACAGUUGCAGACAAGUGUGGUGACAUACACAUCAAGCGAGAUUGUGUCAUACAGAGUCUGUGUGUGUACUUCAAUGAGGACAUGACAACAGUUGUCAAAGAAUUCGAGGAUAGCAACCCUAAAGAAGCAGAAGCAAGAAUUUCUGAGACCACUCUGGGGCUUUUUGUGAUUCGCAAGGAAGGUGCUGGUGCUGAGGAGGAGCCAAGUGAUGUUGGAGUUGUGAUAGAGGGUGUAACGCUGCUAGAGAACCUAAAGAGUAUUUCCUUUGGAUUAGUAAUUCUCUUUGGACUGAUCUACGCUCUCAAUUUAAGCUAUCCUCAAUGUCUCAAGUUCACAUUUGAAUUCUUUCAGAAGGUACUGAUGAACUUAGAUGGCAGCAAGCUGUCCCCAAAGGUACAAGCACUUAAAAUUAAAAUGUUUCAGUGAAUAGGACAUUCACUGUUUGCCUACAUGCCUUCAACUGGAACAACAUUGAAAACCUUUAGACAAGAAUGCCCUAAAAGAUAUAUUUCUACCGACUGAUGACACUAACUCCAGUAUGCCAUGGACUGCACUUUCUUUUUUCUUUUUUUUAAUCUCUGAAACUUUUAAAACAGGAUGUUACCCAUUUUACUUUUGCGUCCAGGAAGCCAACGGAUUACUUCUUUUCCAGAUGUAUUAAGACUGUCUUGGUUACAUCUCCAGCCUCAGAAUAGUAGUUUUUCAUGUUUUUAUGUUCUUCUGAAAUGCUGGUUUAAAGGACUAAAAUAGUUCAACAAAAGUGGAAUGCUACUUAUUAAACCACUUUAAGGUUUUAAAGGGACAGUUCACGUAAAAAAAUGAAAAUAUACUCACUAUUUACACUCCCUCAAUUGGUUCCAA